AUGCUACACCGGAGACACACGAUCGAGCGAUACCAUACAAAUACCUGCCAGUGGAUUCUGGAGUUGGAAAAGUUCCAGUCAUGGAGGAGUCAGUCCCGUGGUCUACUAUGGAUUAAGGGCAAGCCGGGUGUGGGCAAAUCGACCUUGAUGGUAUUCCUGUACGACAAACUCAAGAGAUUACAGGGCGAGAGCCCGGGCAUUCGACUCGAAUGUUUCUUUUCCCUGGGAGGCCUAGAGAUGCAACAUACAAUGCUAGGGAUGCUUAGAUCAUUGCUGGUCCAAAUUUUUGAGCGCGACUUGACCGUGCGUCCUCAGGUGCGCGAGGCCUAUGAGCAGCAAUGCAGACUCUUUGGGGGUGGUGAACGUAAAUGGGAAUGGCCACAAGUGGUGCUCGAAGAGCUACUGGCAGGCGCUAUCCUGGCAUCAGCCAGUAGGCAACACGUGACUAUGUUUAUCGAUGCUCUAGAUGAGACUGGAACUGAGUCCGCUCAGCAGCUUGCAGCAUAUUUCCAUCAGCUUAUUGAUCGCUCAGAAAAAACCAAUGCAGCCGUUCAAAUCUGUAUCUCAUGUCGACAUUAUCCUUUAAUGGAAACCGCUCGGGACAUGGAAAUAUAUGUUGAACAGCAUAAUCAUGAAGACAUUGCCACAUACAUUAAGGACAUUCUUAUCAACACAGUCGUUGAAGACUAUCCUAAUGAAGAGACGAGAGAGCUGCUGGCGGAACAAUGUAUCCAUCAAGCCAAUGGUUCGUUCCUAUGGGCCCGUUUCGCUAUGCAUGAAAUCAAGAACAAUAUUUCCAGAGGGGAACCCAUUGAUAAUAUUCGUCGCUGGUUAAGCAAGGUCCCGACCCGCUUUGAAGACGUUUAUGAUACCAAGAGCGCACCCAGUGAACACACUGAUAUUGAAAGUAUUUUUUCAAUGGAAACCGCUUCGUCUUGGGAAUCAUCCCAGCCCGAAAUCAUAUCAAUCGCUAUUUCGGAGUUGGUUGGUUUACUUCUAAGUGAUGAUCAGUUGAUGGUACUGUGUUCAGCGGCUAUCUCAAAGGUCGGUCCUGAAAAAUUUCAAAGAAACUUUGCACGUAUGCUUAAGCGGUAUGGGUGGCGUUUAAAUGAGGAAGCAUCUAAUCAACGUCAGCGGGAAGCGGCGCGUUUUGUUCGGUCGUCUGCGCGGUGGACUGCAGUUGAAAUCAGAAAAAAGCUCAUGGAUAAUAGGAGUGAGCCUUUUUUUGAGAAGGAUUCGGCAUCGACUCGAUUGAAGUCGGCUCGAGUCAACGAGUGGAUAGAGUCACACUCAGGUGGUCAUAUGGAUUGGUCCGCUGACACUGACGAGUCAUCUGCGGAAAGCGACUCAGCUGAUUCGGAAAGUUAUGAGCCAAAUUCACUGGCCACACUUGAGGAGGUGAAGGGGUUCAUGAUGUCAACGAAAGCCUUUUUUGAUUUACGCCAAGAAUUCCGACUGUGGUUAGAAGGUAAACGGAGAGAUGGUCACGAAAGACCGAGUGAGCAGCUCUCAGAUUCAAGUUCUGCAAAAAGUCGUCAACUUGACGAUGUUUCCGAAUCUGCACUUCUUGAUGGAUCUUCUGGUGAUUCUUCACAGCGGCUGAAAUACGCUGACACUCCCUCGGAAGAGAUCCUGGCUACUCGUAUAGGGGCGACCCAGAUGACGAGGCUGUCAUCCUGGUGGCUUUGGUUGAUGAAUAGUUACGCCCCGCCGGCAGCGGGUUACCAGCGGAUUUUGUAUACAUGCGUGGGUUUUCCUGUCAUUACCAGUUUCGCCAGUCGCUGA